AUGCUCUUCUCGGGUGAUGGAACGGUGACCAUAUCGAAGAAUUCGCUCGCCAUGCUCUCCUCGGGUGAUGGAACGGUGACCAUAUCGAAGAAUUCGAUGUAUUUAUCCGUUGGCUUACUCGGGCUUUUUGUCAUGUUGGCCGUCUUCGUGCGCCGUCGCCGAAAGUAUUCGAUGGACCAUUGCGAGUGCGCGCAAUCAGCUCGACUCUUUGCUCCCGAACUGAUCGCCCCGGAUCUCGUCUUGGGCACAUCGGCGCCGAAACCCGUUCAACCGACGGUGAAAAACCGAAUCAGUCACGCGAUUCACUGGAAAAGCGCUUCCCAACAAGUGAUCGAUACUCUUAAACCGGAGGUAGUGAGCGAGAAUCGAGGGAAACUCAAUUUCUCGAUUUCCUUUGAUAAGGACAGCUCGACACUUCAUGUUCACGUGCUCGAAGCGGUCGAUUUGCCAAUUCGCGAUUUCACUGGCAGCUCUGAUCCGUAUGUGCGUGUUUUCUUGAUGCAAUACCCGAGACAAUGGGAAAGGACAAGGGUUCAUCGCCGCAAUUUGAAUCCCCGCUUCAACGAAACUCUCUCGUUUGCUGGUCAUUCAAUGAAAAAACUACACGAUAUGACACUUGUCAUGCAAGUAAUGGACUUUGAUCGAUUCUCGGCUGAUGAUCCCAUCGGUGAAAUUCUUCUCCCAAUGAAAACGGUGAAAUUCGAGCAUAGUCCUGUCUAUUGGAAACAUCUGCAACGGCCCACAGUCAGCAAGGAGCAAUGCGGAGAGUUGAUGUUAUCCCUUUGCUAUCUUCCGGAACACAACAAAAUCACCGUCUCUGUGAUUCGGGCUAAAGAGUUGCCGGCAAAGGAUAAAUUGGCUGGAAGCUCAGAUCCAUACGUAAAGCUUUGGCUGGUGCAACAGGGGAAUAAAAUGGAGAAAAGAAGGACAGCUGUGAAGUCACAGACUCUGAUGCCGAUUUUCAACGAGUCUUUCGCGUUUCCCGUGCCAAGCCGAGAAAUGCUGACGAGUGACGUGAAUCUGGUGGCUACGGUGAUGGACUAUGAUCUGAUCGGGACAAAUGACGAGAUUGGACACGCCAUUUUGGGCCCUCUUGGCUCAGAGCUUGGGGCUAGUCAUUGGAAACAGAUGUUGGACCAUCCCGAAACACCGGUAGCUCAUUGGCACAAAUUGAACCCGAAAUGG